GUGAAAGGCUCUCUUGGAAUGAACAUUUUCAGUGCUGUAACUGCAGCCAUUGCCUUCAUUCUGCUUUCAGUGGAUUUGGGUAAUGGACCCCUCUACUUUUACUGCAGUGGCCAUUAUUGUGGUGAAAUUGAGAGAAUGUAUAUGACUCUGUUCUCAGGAAUCAGUGGUGUGUUGCUGCUGUUCACCAUCCUGCAGUUCUUCAUCUCCGUCUACCUGUGUGGUUUUGCCUCUAAAUUCACCUCCUGCUGUCCUCCUCAGGUGCCAUCUGUUUCCCCAGUUGCGUCUCCACAGCCCAAUUAUUUCCAAAACACCUCAGAGAUUCCUGUGGCCAGCAACCCUUUCUUUCAACACCCUCCUGCAGAAUCUCCCCCGGAGUACGCUGAAUGUAAUUAAACGUGGGUCAAGAUGAAACAAGCGGGCAUAUCUGUGGUUAGGCUGCUUUGGUACUGGGUUUCCUACACUGUAAAAAGAGAUAUGCUACUUUUAAAAAAAUUAAGUAAACC